UUAGAAGAUUUUUCAAAAGCCCAUAUGGAUGAAUCUUAUUUCAAAACAAAAAAAUGAAAAAAAAUGUCCCCAACUCCAAGAUCUUCAAUAAGCAGCCAAAAGCUUCCAGUACAGUCUGGUAUACUUCCCCGGCCAGCGACGAUAAUGAUUGUCUGACGCCUGUAAACAAUGCAACAACAACAACAUCGAAACAACAACAGCAACAGUAUAGUAUUAGGAAUAAAAAUAAACAACAACUACUAACCCAUGCUGCUACUGCUCAUACUGCUUUAAAUAGCUUUGAUCAGGCCACAGGCUCGGCUGGUACCGGUAAGACAAGAUGGUUCUUGGGUCUUCAGACUGAGUCGACGACCAAUAAAACGAUAGUCGGAGAUAUUGACCAUCAGAAGGUCAAGCAAUGGAUUGAGUUGUACAAGAAAAAGAUAGCCAAGUUGAAUCACCUGUUGGAAUGUGAGCAGAAAUGUUUGCAAGAGAAAACGAAUGAAUUCUUACAAAUCGUGAAGGAGGCAGACUCGAACCAGGCGACCAGGAUCAAAUCCCUGUACGACCGGAAGACUAAGAAGAUCACGGGCUCCAUCUGGAACCUUCAAAAAAAAUUGACAUCCUGCCAGAAUAAACUGAAGCAAUUCCAGAAGGUUGAGGAGGAGUGUGGAUUUAGUUCUAAAUAUAGGUCAGCGGAAUUCCUCCCCUCCAAGAAGCAUUCUUCCAAAUCCUCCCCAGAGAAAACCAACAUGAAAAAAUCCUCAAAAAUUAAAAAAAAAUUUUCGCUAGGUGUCAGCGAUGACGACGACGACAAUGAAGUUGAUAGCGGUCGCAAACGUGAUGAUGAUAAUGACGGAGGUGAUGAUAAUGAUGCAGAGGAGGAGGAGGAAGAGGAUGACGACGUGGACGGUGACGAUGAGUAUGACGUCAUGGAGGUUGAGUUGUCGGAAGAUGAGGUGGCUGCCCUGUUCAGAGAGUUGGAGCAGGCUAGCCAAGUGAAACAGACCCAUGAAGAGUGGCAGAUGUUGCUGACCGAGACUCGCUACCAUAGCGACCAUCUCGAAGAGCAGAUCAACGACCUGAUGGAACUUCACCAACAGGAAGUCCUCAAUUUGAAACAAGAACUAUCCAGUUUAGAAGAUAAGCUGGAGUACCAGUUGGACGAACGUAUGAGAGAUUUGCUAGAUCUAGUUGAAGCUUGUCAGACAAAGAUGGCGAAACUAGAGAUUCAGCAGCAGCAGCUCCUGCCGAUUGAAGCACUGGAGCAGUUCUCAAUGAAAACGUGCGCUACAAAAAUGGCAAACUUCCUUCUUUCAAUCCUGGCCAUCGUAUUCAUAUUCCUAUCUAUGGACAUCAACUCUUUCAGAUCUCUACUUACGCAUAGAUAUAGGUACUGGAUAGCUGGGUGUAUCAUGAUGGCUUCUGUAAUCAUCUGGAAGCUUCUGCAGUGCCACUACGAAAGCCAUGUGACGUCAUCAUCAACAACAACAACAACAUCAACAACAUCGUCAUCGUUAUCACCCUUAUCACCAUCAUAGUUUCACUCAUCAUCGUCAUCAUCAUAAUCAUCAUCAUUAUCAUCAUCUUCAUCAUUAUUAUUGUUAUUAUUAUCAUCAUCAUUAUUAUUAU